CGAUAAGCUUGUCAGAGAAAAAGUUCACUUUGCGACCUCAAUCGCAAUCUUGAAUUGCUUCAAUUAAUUUUCUGGACCUUGAGUACUAUCGACACACAAUGGCUGCCGUGUACAAGUCCCUAUCAAAGGGGUCUAACGGCCAGAAGGCCGAGGCACCUGCUAAUGGCGUCCGAAAGAAUAAGCAAAGAGUCUUGAUAUUGUCGUCUAGAGGCGUAACCUACAGACAUAGACAUUUGCUCAAUGACCUUGCGGCGAUGCUUCCCCAUGGCCGGAAGGACGCGAAGUUCGACUCGAAAUCGAAGCUUUUCCAACUCAACGAGCUCGCCGAGCUUUACAACUGCAACAAUGUCCUGUUCUUCGAGGCGCGUAAGGGUCAGGACUUAUACGUCUGGCUCGGCAAGGUUCCCAAUGGACCGACGGUUAAGAUGCACCUACAGAACUUACACACAAUGGAAGAAUUACACUUCACGGGCAAUUGCCUGAAAGGAUCAAGACCUAUUCUGUCCUUCGAUGCCGCGUUCGACCAGGAGCCCUAUUUGCAAGUCAUCAAGGAACUUUUCCUCCAUACCUUCGGUGUACCUCAAGGCGCAAGGAAGUCCAAACCCUUCAUAGAUCACGUCAUGGGAUUCACCUUCGCGGAUGGGAAGAUAUGGGUACGGUGUUAUCAGAUCAAUGAGUCGGAGCCCUCCAAGGCGAAGGGCGAGGGUAAUGAAGCGGAGGUUGAAUCGAAGUCCAAGGGCCGCAACAAGGAACUCGACAUUAGCCUGGUUGAGAUCGGACCGCGAUUCGUUCUAACGCCUAUCGUCAUACAAGAAGGAUCUUUUGGCGGACCGAUCAUUUACGAGAAUAAGGAAUUCGUCUCACCGAACCAGGUCAGAGCUGAUUUACGGAGGAGAACGGCUACGAAGCAUAAUGCCCGAGCCGAGCAAUACGCGGAGAGGCUCGCGAAGGUUGGCGAUCUGGGCUUACGGACGACUGGUGGGAAACGGGCGCCGGUAGAUGCGCUGGACACGAAAGAGCUGUUCGCUUGAGUAGUAUCUCCCGCUAUCUAGAUUGGCGUUCUGGCGUUUUCGAUGACACCCAGGUAUUUGUAAAGUUCUCCAGCAGAGGUACUAUCCAUACAUUGAGUUACACUUCACAAUUGAUUCAUGACCAACAUGUGCUUAUAUAUAUAUUCGUAGUCCAUAUGACUGUUAUGCACAUAGGUAUGUGAUAUUGCAGUAUAAUUACGGUAUAACGG